GGUAAGAAAGACGUCAUACACGCGUAAAUUUUACAAAUCACGUUUAUUUAACAAGAAUGUUUAGGAUAUUUUGUUUUAUAAUGUCAUGUUACAAUAAGAGCAUUAAGAUAAAAUAAGGUCAUGAGUAUUCUGGGAACGGAGUUAUAUUUUGUAACGCAACCUAAUGUUUUCAUUUUGAUUGCCUGGGCUGUGAAGUGGGAGUGGACUGCGGAUUGGAACGCGGCCGAAGUUCCCCCCCUCCUACGAAAGUGCAUGACACUGGUACACGACACGACACAGGUGUUCACUUAUCUGCCAUCGGUUGUCGGGCUGAUAAUGGCAGGGAACAAUUCUUAUACUAUUGUUGAAUACUUUGGUGGGGAUGAUGGUUACCGCUGUGGUUACUGCAAAAAUGAAAAGGGAAACUUUUCACACGGCAUGUGGUCUCACACCAUGACAGUACAAGAUUACCAAGACCUCAUAGACAGAGGAUGGAGAAGAAGUGGAAAAUAUGUUUACAAGCCAAUAAUGAACAAGACAUGCUGUCCUCAAUACACUAUCAGAUGCCAUGCUGUGAAAUUCCAGCCUUCCAAAUCCCAUAAGAAAAUCUUGAAGAAAGUCAAUAAAUUCAUUUCAAACGGUGUAUUACCAAAAGAGCGUGAACCUGAGGAACCAAUGGAUUCAGUGUGUGAAGCUGCCGUGCCUCGAGAACCAAUCAAGGGAAUGGAGUGUGCUGUUACAGACAUUCAAAAGGAGGAAGUAGAGAGUCUGGUUUUGACAAACGUUGAACAGAAUAAAGCAGAAGCCAAAUCCAGGGAGCCAGAACCACCUAGAAAAGAGCCAGCAAUUGUCACUGAUAGCAGAACAACAGUUACGGCUCCAAAACCUGGUGUAGGAAUAGACUCCAACCGGCCUCCUUGUCGGAAGGCUAAAGAUUUAAGGAAAGAGCGACGUCAUCAGAAAGAGCAGAUGAAAAAAAGCAGUGUUGGAGGCUCCUCUACUUUGACCACUAAGCCUACUACGCCCUCACAGACCAACACAACCAAAACCCUUGAAGAUUUCCUUACUGAGACAUGUCCUGACAGUUCAUCUCAUUGCCUUGAGGUGAGGCUAGUACGCGCCAAUCCCCCUUGCCCGCAGUUCAAAGCCUCUUUCGACGCUUCCUACCAGGUGUACAAACUCUACCAGAUGGCAAUUCACAAGGACCCUCCUGACAAACCCUCCGAGAGCCAGGCGAGGCUAGUACCGGUCAGCUUUGAGGACCCCCAAUUCACAGCAUCCUAUGAGCAGUCUGUGGCGCUGUACAGCCGUUACCAGAUGGCCAUUCAUGGGGAUGACCCCAGCGAAUGUAGUGAGAGUGAGUUCCGGCGAUUUCUCUGUGAUUCACCGCUAGAGGCAGAGUACUCUGUUGACGGGCCUGAGAUGGGUUAUGGCUCCUUUCACCAGCAGUAUUGGCUAGAUGGCCAGAUUGUUGCCGUAGGAGUGAUCGAUAUCCUACCUACCUGCGUGUCAUCGGUCUACCUGUACUAUCACCCAGACUUUGCCUUCUUGUCUCUGGGGUCCUACUCUGCUCUCAGGGAGAUUGCUUUCACCAGACAGCUACAGAAACAGUCUCCAAAACUGUCCCACUACUACCUGGGCUUUUACAUUCACUCCUGCCCUAAGAUGCGGUACAAGGGACAGUAUCGGCCUUCAGAUCUACUUUGCCCAGAAACCUUUGUCUGGGUAACCAUUGAGCAAUGCCUUCCACUCCUGGAGAAUUCCCGAUAUGCACGUUUCAACCCUAAUUGUGAUGAAGGAGAUGCUCGAGUUUUAAAAGAUGUUGGAAGAGCUCUGGUGCUACACAGAAGGACCGUCAUGCCCUACACAGUCUAUUCCCGAAAACAGAAGGGUUCCGGUGAUGAAACGGAGGUGAAGGAAUAUGCUAGCCUGGUUGGCCAGAACUGUGCUGAAAGGAUCUUGCUGUACCGAGCCUAACCUUGAAGAAUUACACCACUGAAGCAUUUAAAAAUCCACCUCCUAAGCAACAGUCUGUCACUCAAACCUCGUUUCAACCAAGCAGUACAAUAGAGCAUUAAAGAGCAGAUAAAUAUUUUAAGCAGCCUUCUAUAGUCAGGUACCGUUUGGCUGCUGUUCAAGAGAACAUGACCUGGAGUAAACAACAAUGUGCUAUUAAAAUGAUUUAUGUUUUCCAUUGUUUUGUGUUAGUGAUUACACAUCAUAUGGCUGAAAACACUCAGGUGACUUGAAGUUCCGCUCUGAGACCCCCAAUUUGGCCAAAUUUCAAAAUUGUCCGAUAUGCAUGUGUGGUUCAUCAUUGGAAAGCUUAAAAUCUCAAUUUUCUGGGGGAAGAAAAUUUUUGAACAGGAGGGCAUUUUUUAAAAAGGUUUUUGAACGGCAAAACCCUAUCUGGAGGUGAGAACACACGAGAACAGAAUUACAGACGUCAUGACUUUGACGAGAUACUGUAUUAACGCGUACUUACCUUGUUUCGAUCCAAAAACUCCAUGUAGCAUGUAUCACUGAGUGUCAAGCCUCAGCUGUGAAUGGCCACAGCUGGAUUUUUGGGGGGAUUUUAUGGGUGAAACAUGGUAAUAUAACAAGGCUCACGAUGCAGAAAUCGCAGACAUCGAGGAGUGGUCGAGAUGUUCUUUUGCAUAUAUUUAGCCUUUUAAACGUUUUUUUUUUUUCUUCCCGUUUUUCUUUGUUUGGAUCGAUUAUUUGUCUAACAUAUCGGAGAAAAUGUGACAGUAACAAAAAAAAAUACAGUUAAGCGAUAGUUAUGAGGUAUAUUCCUGGGACUUUUUUUACAGACGCCAUUUUUUUCAUUGUGACAAUUUGUUUAAAAGUUUAAAAUAUGUGAAUGAAUAAUUAAAGUCUUUUUUAAAAUUAAUUAAAUUUUUUUUUUUAAACGAAAUAUGAGACAUCAAUUAAUGAUUCUAAGCUAAAAACAACAGAUAUUUUGAAUAAUAAAUAAUAAUUACCUUCGUUUUAUGGCUGGGUUGUAACAAAAGCGGUUGCGCGACAUCUGUAAACGGGGGUUUUCAGGGUAAAACUGACAAAUUAAAAAUAGUUCGGGGGCUUAAUGCGCCAUGAAUCUGCUAUGGCAGCAUAUAGACAUGUUCUAUCAAACACAACAGUUCUUUUGGCUUAAAAUACAGCAGUUUAUUUUAAAGAGGGUUGCAAGAGCAGAAACUGCUUUUUCAGUCUUGUCUGUUUUCCGCCAUAUCAAAAUUUGACCGUGAAAGAUUGUUUCUGCCAAUAUUGGUAACUAACUAAUAUGUAUUAUUCAAUUGCCAACAACCAUCUUGCCUUCACCACCAAAAUGAAAAGGCAAAGACCAGUACUUAAACUCGACCACUUGCAAGCUGAACUGCACUGUACUGUUUGGUGGAAAUGUGGGUUUUAGUCUGUCUGUGAUUAGGCUUUCAGUUGCCUCUCUCUGUACUCUCACUUUACGUAUUUAUUCACUGCAAUCUUAUCCUUGUAUCCCUUCAUUGCUAGGCGUCCCUCAUCAGUUAUUGUAUGUUUUUAUUAAAUACACUUGAUGUGUUACCUCAAAAGGUUCAGUCCUAUGAAUACGUUCAUGUUUAUGCUUGAAUAAUGUUGAAAAUAGACACAUGCAGCCACAUAAAUUAGCAUAUUUCUUGCAUUUGCUAAUGGAGCAGUAAAUGUCUUUCACAGUUAAAGGUAUGUUUUUGAUAACUGUCAUUACAGCCCAAAACCCUAUUCUUAUAAUUAACCACAUUGUGUCGGCAAUUUGUAACAUUAAGGCCUUUGUAUUUAUGUUCCUAUAGAUGUCUGUGCUUUUCUUUCCAUACUGACUUUAUCUUAAACCAAUAAAGGGCUAUAUAUAGCCUAUUGGACCCAAGGCUGUUGUUUUUAUCUGAAGCGCUUAAAACAGUUUUAUCUGGAGUCAGUGAACAAUGUGUAUGUUGAAAUACUGUUUAAAAAAAUAAUCUAAGUCUGUGUUGUAAAAGGAAUGAACUAGAGCAUUUGUUUGUGUUUCGGUCCUUGCUCUGAGCUGCUCACAAUCCUGCACAUGUUCAAACCUGUCUACCUUCAACCAAACCAAGAGCACUGCUGACGGUCAAUCUCCAACACUGUACCAUCUUAUUUAAACUCAAACUUUUAAAAAAUAAGUCUGUGUCCUCAACUGUUUCAGUGCCAUUGACGAAAUUAGCUUGUCACUAGUAGACUUUCAAUACAUUUCAUUUGGGAGGAUUAGCAGUGAAUAAACAAAUGUUCAGUUGCUGCCGACCCUCCUAGUUCAAAUGAAAUGGACGUUAAUGGCAGCCAAUGAGUUAAGAACGAGAACGGAUGGACAGCAUUGGAGCGUUGUUGCUGUUGAGUGUUCCUCAACAUAGGUUUUCUUUCAUUAAACCAAGCUCAUUUUCCAAAAUCAAAGUUUUUGCUCAUUUAUGAUUUAAUGUUGUUAGUCGAAGGGACUUUUUCUUGCUAAAUGGGAUUUGAGUCUCACUCAGACUGUUUCAAGUUUCAUGAGGCCAUACACACACACACCUGGCACUGUCAUGAAAAGUUAGUCUUGGUGGGGGCCACAUAGAAUGAGCAGCAUUAGUACUGUGGUGGACCUCGCGUCAAAAUAAGUGAUCCGGACGGUUCAGCUGUUCUGUAGUGAGUUUGUAAUGUUGGAUGACACAGCAUGGCAGGCCCUGGAGCCUUGGACCUGGUGGGGGUAAAAGUUCCUUGCAAAAUAUAAGAUCUGUUUUGAACUUUAACUGCCAAUGACCACAUUGUAUGAUGUUUAUACAGAAAAAAUAAAAAGGAAAUUAUCUCUGUAAUGACAUUUAAAGUGGGUGAGAGUUAAUGUUAAAAUAACACCGAGAAAA